AUGUUAGAUUUGAAUAAAUAUAAAUUUAAAAUUAUUAAAGAUUCACCCGAUGAAUUUACUUAUAGAACAAAAGUGCCUGAAUAUAUAAAUGGAUCGAUUAUUAACAUAGAAUGGACAUUAUUAAGUGGUAAAAUGACUGAAUGUUUUUUGAAAUAUGAAAAAGACAGUUUUCAGAAAAUUAAAUGCGAUCAAGAAUAUGCUAAAUUAUCCAAUUUGUCAUCAGGUGUUUAUCGCUUUUAUGUAACGUACUCCACAAAAUGUACAGCUUCAAUAUCUAGUAAUGAAAUAACCUGGACAGUCGUUGCUGAUAAACCGAAAUUAACUGUUAAAACCGAAGGUUUAGUGGGUAAAUAUGCUUCAAAUAACUUUUCAGUAAAUUUAAACUGCACACAUGCGAUAAAAUGUAUAAUUUUGUGUAAAUUCACCAAUAAUACAGAUUUUAAAAUAUGUUCGGGUAUAUUUAAACCUACAACACCAUUAAUACAUCUACAUGAUUAUAGUUUACAGCUUUAUGCUUACGAUGAUCUUGGUAAUCGAGGUGAUAUUAUAGAAAUCAAAUUUAAAGCAGAUACUCAACCACCUGAAAUGGGAUAUUUAGAAUCAUCUUUAGAACUAAAUUGUGGAUC